CGGAGGGGCCGGAGGCAGCGGCGGAGCGACGGCGGGAAGGGCUGUCCCAGGGCUCGGCGGCAGCGGCUGCGACGAUGCCGGUGCAUUCUAGGGAGAAAAAGGAGAACAAUCACGAUGAGAUGGAGGUCGACUAUGGGGAGAAUGAGGGCAGCAGCUCCGAGGAGGAGGAGACCGAGAGCUCAUCUGUGUCCGAAGAAGGGGACAGCUCAGAAAUGGAUGAUGAGGACUGUGAAAGAAGAAGAAUGGAGUGUUUAGAUGAGAUGUCCAAUCUUGAAAAGCAAUUUACAGACCUGAAAGAUCAACUUUACAAAGAAAGGUUAAGCCAAGUGGAUGCGAAGCUACAGGAGGUCAUAGCUGGAAAAGCACCUGAAUAUUUAGAGCCGCUGGCAGCUUUACAAGAAAAUAUGCAAAUCCGAACCAAGGUGGCAGGUAUCUACAGAGAGCUCUGUCUGGAGUCUGUGAAGAACAAGUAUGAAUGUGAAAUUCAAGCCUCUCGACAGCACUGUGAGAGUGAAAAGCUUCUGUUGUAUGACACUGUGCAAAGUGAACUAGAAGAGAAGAUCAGAAGACUUGAAGAAGACAGGCAUAGCAUUGACAUUACCUCAGAAUUAUGGAAUGAUGAGCUACAGUCCAGGAAGAAAAGGAAGGAUCCAUUCAGUCCAGAUAAGAAGAAACCUGUUGUUGUAUCAGGUCCCUAUAUAGUUUAUAUGUUACAAGACCUGGAUAUACUUGAAGACUGGACAACAAUAAGGAAGGCAAUGGCUACGCUGGGGCCACACAGAGUAAAGCCAGAACCACCUGUCAAACUAGAAAAGCAUCUACACAGUGCUAGAUCUGAAGAAGGAAGACUUUAUUAUGAUGGAGAGUGGUAUGGACGUGGACAGACAAUAUGCAUUGAUAAGAAAGAUGAAUGUCCUACAAGUGCCAUAAUUACAACAAUUAACCAUGAUGAAGUUUGGUUUAAAAGACCAGAUGGAAGCAAGUCCAAGCUGUAUAUUUCUCAGCUACAGAAAGGAAAAUAUUCAAUAAAGCAUAACCACAACUGACCGUUGCUAACCAGAUGUGAAGCAAGUGGUAUUGCCAUGCUUGAUGUGCCAUGGGGUGAAAGCUGUAUUUAAGUGUUUUGUAUUCCUUUUAAAUUUACAACAGUAUCUGGUGUGUAUUUGUAGUGCUGUAUGUAAAGCUUCAUAUGGAUGGCCUGCAGAAACCUGAGGAUGUAAAAUCAUGUUGACGGGCAUUUCACCUGUAGACUGGGUCCAGUGCCUAAGAUAUGAAGUAUACUCUUCAAGUAUAAUGGCUCAGAACUUCUCAUAUUUAUAAAAUGGGAGGAAAUGAUAUAUAUUUUUUUCUCCAUUGGUGACCAGUUGGUGUGAUAAAAAUGAAAACCAUAAUUACCAGCAACUCACUUUGUUUUCAGUGAACAUGUCACGUUUCUCUUGUGGAUGUAAAUUUAGCCUGUUCAGCUGUUGCUUUUGAAUAGAUUGUAACAUGCAUAAGCAUUCUUCUAUCCAAAGUGAACCCAUGUAUUAAAAUUAUUGCCCUCAACAGCUCUGCUAAUACUGACUGUGUUAUAUUUUGUAGGGUUUACUGUACUGCUUGUAAUGAGGCAAACCCACUAUUUUGAGCUACAUGUUUUGAGGAGCACUUCUGUAGCUUAGGAUCCUCUACUACGUGAACAUCCUCAGAUUGCCAGCAAAAUGUGUGCAUAAAGUAGAGUCUUGCUCCAAGCUGUGUUAAAUGUAGCUCACAAAAGAUGAUGGGGAUGGUUAUGUAAAUACUGUUGCAUGCUCUGCUUGUUUGGUCCACAGUUGUAUGGAACACUCUGAGUCUUUUGCUGGUUUGUCUUUCAAAAAAAAAGAAGAAAAUAUUUCCCCUGAAAUCAUAUAACAGAAAAUUGAGACUGACUUUUUGGGGUUUU